AAUUGGAUUUAAUAAAAAAAUAUGGUGAAGGGAAAAAGUUAGAGAAAAAAUGCAUAAACUGUGGUACUGCAACAAAGAUUCGAACAUCUGGGGUUCACAUCAGUGAUAAUGGAUGCAUUGGUGUGUUUUCUGAUGAUUUUGAGUGCUCUGAUUGUGGUUGCAAAGAAGCAGGUACAAGUUUUAUGUGCAUUGGGUUAUUCCAGAAAGCAUCCAUACCACACCCACAGAGGAAAUUAACCCUCCUACCCCCUUCGGAUGUCCUAAUACAUUUACUAUUAUCAGGAACAAUUUUUCUCCCCUCCCCUUACGGACGGCAGAAAUUUCCUCCAUGGGGGGAGUAUGGAUCUUUUCUGGAACAACCCAUUGUAAAUUGUGAUACAAGGUUUUUAUAAUUAAUUGAACUGCUUGGCCAUGGAAGGUUGAUAUAUUAGUGCAUAACAGAGUGGCAGUUAGAAUGUUAUAUUGUUAUUAUCUUAAUAGGUGAAGAUAUCCAUGAUUCAAGUGAAGAUGGUGAUGAUGAUGAUGACAAUGCUUCAGAAAUUAUGUCUGAGUUAGAAAAAGCUGUUGGCCAUGAAACUCCAGAUCUUGAUGCACAAGAUUCUGAAGCCAGUGGAUCAAAGCCAUCAAAUGCAAAACGCAAUAUUAUAGGAUCAAUACGAAGUAACAAGAAGAAGCAAAGAUUGUCAAAACAAGAAGAAUUUCAAAAAUGUAUGGAUGAAUUUACAAAAUCCCAAAAGGAAUCAGAUGAAAAAAUUUUGGAAGAAAUGAAACACCAGGUCAAAGUUGAUGCUGAGCUACGAAAACAAGAAUUAAAGGCAUAUACUGAUUCAAUGGCAUUAUUGGCCAAUGCCAUUUCAAGCAGACAGCAGCCAACUGUGCAACAACCUCUCAGUAAUCAGUUUUACUUUGAAGAUGAAAACAGCACCAAAACAUAUUAUAAAUUAUAA